CCAUUUCGCUGCUUCACUCCAUCCUUUACGAUAUAAAGAGCGCGGAGUCGUUGAAUCCAAGUAUUUUUACUCCGUUCAUUAGAGACGAGAGAGGACGAACGAUUCUUAUUUCUCUGUUCUUGCUGAUACAGGGAGCUUUGAGUUCGAGCACUCUUCGAGCUCGAUCAAGCAGCAGCAGCGAUGGCCGACCGCGUCCACCCCGUGAAGACGCCGGACCCGGCGAUGCCAGAUGCGGCGGAGAGUCCUCGCUCCACCACAUCCUCCAAGACCGGCAGUCUCCCCGCCCGCAAGCCCGGGCCUGAGCCAGGAACCUACGUCAUCCAGGUCCCUAAGGACGUGGUCCUCCGACAGCCACUGCCGGGCAACGCCCACCUCUCCAAGGUCUACGCCCGUCGCGCCGCCCGCCGCCGGAGCCGGUGUUGCCUCUGCAUAACCUGGCUAUUCGCCCUCGUCCUCCUGCUCGCCGUCGCGGCCGGCUUCCUCUACCUCGUCUUCCGUCCUCGUGCCCCCAACUACACCGUCACCGGCCUCUCCAUCUCUUCCUUCAACCUCACCGCCGCCACUGUCUCGCCGGUCUUCGACGUGACCGUGCGCGCCGACAACGACCGCAACAUGAAGAUGGGCAUCUACUACCGCGACGCCAGCGACAUCACGGCGGCGUACGACGGCGUGACGCUCUGCGAGGGGAAGUGGCCGGCGUUCUACCAGCCGCCGAGGAACGAGACGGUGUUCGUAACGGAGCUGCGGGGCGCCGGCAUAAGUCUGGGGGAGGAUGUGGAACUGACGCUGAGGGCGGCGCAGAGCGAGGGGAAGGUGCCGCUGGAAGUGAACGUGGAGGUUCCGGUCAGAGUCAAGUUGGGCGCCAUGAAGAGCUGGACGAUCAAAGUGACGGUGAAGUGCGAGGUGACGGUGGACGGGUUGAGAGAGAACGCCGUGAUCCUGAACAGGGAUUGCCACGCGAGGGUGAAGUUUUGGGGAUUUCUUGGUCUAUGACAAACUAAAUUCAUGGCGGGGACUUGCAGCUACUGCUCUUCUUUCUGCAUACUUGUAAAUGAAGUUCGUCGAUAAGUAAUAAGUCCAUGGACACUUUUUUUC